CUGGGACUCCCAUCAUAUCAUCAGCAGUUUGGGCGCAUCGCUCGAGUACUCCACGUCUUAAAAUUGUCGCAAUUUCUUUAUUUUGAACAAUUUGAUUUUUGGUCGUGUUGAUGGAGCGACGCUAAUUAUCAAUAAUUCUUAACCAUCUAAAUCUGCAAAUUCGUUAAUUUUUCAUGCAGUUUAGAAAAAAAAACUUUAGCCUGCAGACUUUAAGUUAAUUCAGGAUGAAUUAUAACUUGAUCGGAUGGAUUUGGCUGCUCACUUUUCCCGCUUUUGGAUAUGCUGUGAUUGUUGGUGCGAAUCUGGAGAAAAUAAAAAUGACCGAUUGCUGGAAUUACGGCAAACACAAAUCUUUAAUUGCUGCACCUGUCUUCAGUUUUGAUGACGAGAAUUUGAGUACCAAAGACUGCGGCAAGUGGGACCGAAAUAACGAAGACGACAUCGCUCCGUGGCUAGUUUUUUUGCACAGUGGCAGUUCAUUUGGUUGCCCAGGUUUAAUUUUGUCCGAGCGAACUGUCAUCACGCCGAAAUGCACCACUGAAUACUCAGCAUUUGUAAAGCGAGAUGAAAUAAUACAAAUGUUUAGCGGCGAAUGCGUUCAAAACGGAGACAAUUGCUUUGGGAGACGAGGCUUGCAAAGCAAAAAGGUGCUCGACGCGAAGAUAGUAAAAAUCGAGCUUGGCAGUUAUUUCGUCGAGGAAUUCUUUGUGUGGAAAGUUGAGAAACUGAGUUUCAAUCCUAGUUUGAAGCCCGUCUGCUUGUGGGGUCAUGACAACCAGAACAACGCGCAGGAUAUCUGGUACCAUUUCAACAUGGAGGGCAAAUUGAUCAUGGCAGAUAUAUUACCCGAGGGCCGCUGCUACGGAAAUACAAUGCAAAGCUGGGAGUGUGAGCUUUAUGGAAACGCGAUAUGCACAAUAGUAUCUUCGGCAGCGAGCGCUUUUCAUCGACGGAGAGGAGCCGCGAUUGGAACAUUUUUUACUCUAAUAAAUCGAGGGGGUCGCUUCUAUUUACGAGGAAUACUGAAUCUACGAAGAAUUGAAAGUGCUGCGAGAUGGCUUGACGUGCUCCCUUUCACAUGGAAAAUCGUUUCUGCGUCCACCAAUCUGGCAGUGUUUCCACAAAUUCCCGACUUGAAAAAGAGGAUAGAUUUCGGGCAAAAGCAAAGCUACGAAAACUGCGGGCAUCAACCACCCAGACGAAUUCGCAGGAAAAGGGAAGAGGACGAUGAAGAUGAAAAAGAGCGCAUCAGUUUUGUUGCCGGUGGCCAAAAUGCGGACAGUGGCCAAUUCCCUUGGCAUGCGAGUCUCUCAUUCUUCAGUGAUUUGUAUGAAAUUUUGAAUUUCUGCGGGGCGACGCUCAUUUCGCAAAGGACGCUUGUCACUGCUGCGCAUUGAAUUUUCGGUGAGUUUGAAACUCGGUUCACUGCUUCUGAGUUGGAAGUGACGCUUGGAAUGAACAACAAAUCCAAAGAGCAUGAAGAAUCACGGCAGAAAAUGAAGGUAACUCUUCGUCAUGAGUUUGGAAGACGUACCAAAUUAUUAUCAUUUUAUUUGCACAAAAUGCAUAUUAAAUAUAUGAAAAUAAGUCCUUGAAUUUUUAGAGAUUUAAAAUUUCCCCCUGAAUUAAUUGGAAGGAACAACAAAUUACAAUUUUAUAAUUUACCCUGCAAUUGUUGCAGGCUAAGGAUUUGUUGGUGCACCCUGGAUAUAAUCACGGCAGGGGCGAUUACAGGAAUGACAUCGCUCUGAUAAUUCUGGUUGCCAAUGUAGAAUUCAAUCCUAAGGUGCGGCCGAUUUGUCUGUGGAAUUCCGACUACGAC